GUGCUAUUGAAAUGGUUCAAACUCGAGGAAACACCCUAAAACCACCACAAAUAAACUAAAUAUAACUUCUCCAACCACCUUCACCUGAUUAUCACCAUCUUGUCUCGAUUAAUCUUCAAACCGAAGCCUCCAUUAAUCAUCAUCAAUUCCGCGAAUGUAUUUUCUUUUCAAAAGCCACAUGAAAAAAAACCAUCAACAUCAACCACGUUCAUCAUCAUCAUCACCAUCAAUUGAACUACAUUCCAAAAUUGUCAAGUUUAAUAGAUUCAUAUUCCCAUCAACAAGGAUCCUCAAAAUGUCCCAACACAGAGAAUCAAUCGACUUUGCCAAAUUACCAACCCAUUUCAACGAACCUGUCGAAUUGGGAAUCAUUGGAGGCACAGGUUUAUAUCACCUUUCCUCAUUAACACCUGUGGCCAGAUUAACAUUACACACACCAUGGGGUGCACCAUCAUCAUCAAUCACAAUUUCAAAGACCUCUACUGGGUUCAACGUUGCCUUUUUGGCAAGACAUGGUGUUCAUCAUGAUUUAUUACCAAGUGAUGUUCCAUCAACUGCAAAUAUCUCUGCUUUGAAAUCAAUUGGUGUUAAAGUUAUAAUUGCAUUCAGUGCAGUUGGGUCAUUAAAACAAGAAAUCAAACCAAGAGAUUUCGUUAUACCUAAUCAAAUCAUUGAUAGAACUAAAGGGAUUAGAAAUUCAACUUUUUUCGAAAAGGGGUUUGUAGCUCAUGCUGGAUUUGGUGAACCUUUUGAUCCAAAAUUAAGUUCAAUAAUUAGUGAAUUUGAACAUGUUUUAGAAAAUGAAGAUGGUCAUCCUCAAGUUAAAUUACAUUCAAAACAAUUGGAUUCAAAAGAUUUAACAGUUAUCUGUAUGGAAGGUCCAGCUUUUUCCACAAGAGCUGAAUCAAAAUUAUAUCAAUCUUGGGGAGGUUCUGUUAUAAACAUGAGUGUUAUCCCUGAGGCGAAAUUGGCUCGUGAGGCUGAGAUCUCUUAUCAAAUGAUUUGUAUGAGUACUGAUUAUGAUGCAUGGAGAGAAGAUGAUGAACCAGUCACUGUACAAACUGUUGUUGGGAAUUUAAAAGCAAAUAGUGCAAAUGCAAAUAAAUUGGCUAUUGAAAUUAUUGAAAAAUUGGAAAUUGAAAUUAAAAAUGGUAAUAUUGGUAAUGAUUUGAAAAAUUCAAUGAAAUUUAGUGUUAGUACUAAUCCAAAAGGUGUUAAACGAGAAUUAUUAGAAAAAAUGCAUUAUUUAUUCCCAGGUUAUUGGCCAUUAGAAUAGAGUUCUAAAUAGAUUUAUAAAGGUCUUCUUCUUGUUCGACUUGGUGAAUCCAUCCUAUAAUAAUAUUUUGGGGAUGGAAUAUAAGUUGGUGUAGAUUGAUUUGGAGUUUUCGGUAAUUCUUGAUUCUUUAAUUGUAAUACUCUUGAUUGUUGUUGUUGACCUUGAUUUGAAAUUUUUUUAGGUGAAAAUGAUUUUGAUGGUGAUGCCAUUGGUGAUGCAAUUGGGGUAUGACUUGUCUUUUUUGGACUUAAUUUGAAAGAUUCCUUUUCAGGUUUUUCAGAGC